AACGAAACUAUCUUAAAUAGACACAUUCAAGACACACACUUGCCGUCAGCGCCAAAACAAUUUUCUUGUGAUUUUUGUAGUUCUACAUUCCAAACUGAAUCACUUAUAUUAGAGCACGAAAAAAUCGAACAUGGUGUCACAAAUUUCAUGUGCGCUCAUUGCGAUUAUUCAACAAUGUCCAAGAAAUGUUUAGCAGUUCAUUUAAAAAAUCAGUGCAGUUUCAAAAACCUGAUUAAAAGUGAUUUACACAAACAGCAAGCGAUACUCUCCGUAGAUAAAAAGACACACAAAACAACACACAUGAAAUUAAAUACCAGAGUAGAGCCUUAUAAGUGUAGUUAUUGCGAUUACAAGUGUGGUAAUAGGUCACACCUAAGAAGACAUAUAAUGACACAUACCGGCGAAAAGCCUUUUCAAUGUAGCGACUGUGCUUACAAGUGCAUUCGAAGAUCACAGUUACAAAAGCACAUGAGAACACACACCGGAGAAAAGCCUUACGCAUGUAGUCACUGUGAGUACCGGUGCAGUCAAAAGUCAACCCUAAGAACACAUGUAUUGACACAUACUGGCGAUAAGCCUUUUCACUGUAGUCACUGUGCUUAUAAAUGCAGUACCAAAUCAAACUUACAAAGUCACCAAAGAACACACACCGGAGAAAAGCCUUACGCAUGUAGCCACUGUGAGUUCCGGUGCAGUCAAAAGUCAAAACUAAGAGCACAUGUAAUGACGCAUACUGGAGAGAAGCCUUUUCACUGUAGUCACUGUGCUUAUAAAUGCAGUACCAAAUCAAACUUACAAAGUCACCAAAGAAUACACACCGGAGAAAAGCCUUACGCAUGUAGUCACUGUGAGUACCGGUGCAGUCAAAAGUCAACCCUAAGAGCACAUGUAAUGACGCAUACUGGCGAUAAGCCCUUUCAAUGUAGUCACUGUGCUUAUAAAUGCAGUAUCAAAUCAAAGUUACGAAGUCACCAAAUAAUUCACACCGGAGAAAAGCCUUACGCAUGUAGUCACUGUGAGUACCGGUGCAGUCAAAAGUCAUCCCUAACCGCACAUGUAAUGACGCAUACUGGAGAGAAGCCUUUUCUCUGUAGCCACUGUGCUUAUAAAUGCAGUACCAAAUCAACCUUACAAAGUCACCAAAAAAUACACAUGGGAGAAAAGCCUUACGCGUGUAGUCACUGUGAGUACCGGUGCAUUCGAAAGUCAACCCUAAGAACACAUAUAAUGACACAUACUGGCGAUAAGCCCUUUCAAUGUAGUCACUGUGCUUAUAAAUGCAGUAUCAAAUCAAAGUUACGAAGUCACCAAAUAAUUCACACCGGAGAAAAGCCUUACGCAUGUAGUCACUGUGAGUACCGGUGCAGUCAAAAGUCAACCCUAAAAAGACAUGUAAUGGCACAUACGGGCGAGAAGCCUUUUCAAUGUAGUCACUGUGCUCGUAAAUUCAGUACAAGAUCGGCCUUACAAAGACACCAAAGAAGCCAUACGCAUGUAGUCACUGUGAGUACCGGUGCAGUCUUAGGUCAAACCUAAAAACACAUGAAAUGACACAUACUAACGAGGAGGCUUUUCAAUGUAACCACUGUGCUUAUAAAUGCAGUAGGAAAUACAACUUACAAAAACCGGAGAAAAGCCUUACGCAUGUCGUCAAUGUGAGUACCGGUGCAGUCAUAGGUUAAGCCUAAGAACACAUGUAAUGACACAUACAGGCGAGAAGCCUUACGCAAACGAAAUCAGUCUUACAACAACACCAAAGAACACACACCGGAGACAAGCCUUACGCCUGUAGUCAUUGUGUUUAUAAAUGGGAUUCGACGACGACACGACACUAAAAAAUACACACCGGAGAAAAACCGGUGCAGUGAUAGGUCAAGUCUAGGAACACAUGCAAUGACACAUACGGGCGGACCUUUUCAAUGUAGCCACUGUCAUUACAAAUGCACUAAGAAAUCAUCUCUGCGACGUCACCAGAAGACUCAUAUUGGGAUGAACCCUGACAACGCAGCAAUCACCUAAAUCAGAAACUUAGAGCAUUGACAUUUCACGCUCCUUCAGUAAGGAAGGGGCUCCUGUCGCGGAGCUCAGGCGCGCUCCCUUGUGUUAAUGCUUCUACUGUACACGAGUUGGUUUAUAGUUAUUUAUGUGACUGGUGCAUAAUGAGACUCAUAAAACAACACCCGUGUGUUAAUGCCUCUCAUUAUGCACCAGUCACGUAAAUAACUAUACAACGACUCAUGUACAGUAAAAGCAUUAACACACGGGAGCGCGCGUGAGAGUGCACGGAUUUCCAUACAAUAUCGCAACUGUCCACACACGUCUUAUUUUUUAAGAUUAUGAGUUUUUUCAGAUUGAUCUGACAGAUUGCGAUAAUCUGAAUUUUAAGAAUGUGUGUGGCAAGGCAGUCGAUCUUAUAAGGUUGUGCAAUUUAAGACUGUCUGUUGCCGGCCUAAGCAAUACGAUGUUUAUCUACAUUCAGAAUGUGAAAAAAUAAAUUUUUAGACAGAUUUUAUGAAGAUUUUACUUAGUACUAGAUGGUACUAGUUUGAACUAGUGAAUUGCAUGCCUAUGGUGUUGGCGAGAUAUGCUGUACUUUUUACAUAAUGACUUCAACAUCAUUGUAUCCAUGUCUAGCAUAAAUAAAUAUUUCUU